AUGCCCACCGCAACCACAGUCUUCUCCGUCUUUGCCGGCAUUCUCGCCGUCCUAUCCGUCUACGUCUACUUCUUCGGCAUCCCACCGGCGCUCAAACGCGAGCUCGAGGAAAGGGCCUUGAAGACGAUGGGCGAGAACAAGGCGUCCUACCUCGUCAAGGACCAAAUCAACAAGGUGCCUGCUUCGGACCAGAAAGAAAUCAAGGAGGCCAGGAAGGGCGUCGCAAACCUGGCGGGCGGCACUGUCAAUAACCCGCUUGGCAAGUUCGCUGGCGACGCCGCAGACGAUGCGACCCGCCCUUUUACAGGUCGCUGA